UCGAUUUUGGCCUGCCCGGACUCUGCUCGUCGUCGUCACAGCCAGUCAGUCAGGUGUAGGCAGUGGUUCAAAGUGGAAGUCCUUGGGAAAAGUAGCCGUUUCGCGCGGUUUGGGCGUUCAGCACACAUAGAGGACUUGUCUCUGGAAAGGGAAGAAAAGUGCUUUGUGUGAGGAAAAAUGGAUGGAAAAUUUUUGCACAAGCUGGAAAAUUAAUCGGAAGGGAGUUUGAUUGAAGAAAUAGGAAGCUGAAUAAAGAUAAAAAUCUUGAAGAGUGUGGUGAAAAUAGUUCAACUAAGCAGAAAAUGUAGUGCGAAAAUCAAAAGCAAGAAAAUCGAAUGAAAAUUACUAGGAAAAUUUCGAAACAAAGGUGUGAAAAAUCCUAAUUGAAAUAGUGCAGAAUUUUCACCUAGCAGAAUUUAAAUCACUCCACCAAAGAGGAAGCUGGGCUGAAAGAAAGGACCAAGUCGUCGUUGGUCGAACGACCGUCGCAGGAUUUUCCGCACCUUUGGUGUGCGGUGGAAAUUGAGCACACGCAGAAGAGUGAAAAACCACCCAGGCCGCCCCAGAGAGGAAAACCGGGAAAAAUUACCUCCAGAAUCAAGCGUAACAUCUUCAGAAUGGCCCCGGGCCAUUACUUCUGGGCAAUAUUCUAUUUUGCCUGUCUGUGCAGUGCGUCACUUGCCAACAACGCCAAGGUGAACUUCCGGGAGAAGGAGAAGAAAAUCCUCGAUCAGAUCCUCGGCGCUGGUAAAUAUGACGCCCGAAUCCGUCCCUCGGGCAUCAACGGCACAGAUGAUAAGGCUACACAAGUGUUCGUCAACAUGUUCCUUAGAUCGAUCUCGAAAAUCGACGAUUACAAAAUGGAGUACAGCGUACAGCUAACAUUCCGAGAGCAGUGGCUGGACGAGAGGCUCAAGUUCGACGAUAUCGGAGGCCGCCUCAAGUAUCUGACACUAACCGAGGCCAACCGCGUCUGGAUGCCGGAUUUGUUCUUCUCGAACGAGAAGGAAGGCCACUUCCACAACAUCAUCAUGCCGAACGUGUACAUUCGGAUCUUCCCGUACGGUUCCGUGCUGUACAGUAUACGAAUCUCGCUGACGUUGGCCUGUCCGAUGAACCUGAAGCUGUACCCGCUGGAUAGGCAGGUCUGCUCGCUCCGAAUGGCUAGCUAUGGCUGGACAACCGCUGAUUUGGUGUUCCUUUGGAAGGAAGGCGACCCGGUACAGGUGGUGAAGAACUUACACCUACCACGCUUCACACUGGAGAAAUUCUUAACUGAUUACUGUAACAGCAAAACCAAUACUGGUGAAUACAGUUGCCUCAAAGUUGAUCUCCUGUUCAAGCGAGAGUUCUCGUACUAUCUGAUCCAGAUCUACAUUCCCUGCUGCAUGUUGGUCAUCGUCUCGUGGGUGUCCUUCUGGCUCGACCAAGGCGCAGUACCGGCCCGGGUAUCGCUCGGAGUCACCACGCUACUAACCAUGGCCACCCAGACGUCCGGUAUCAACGCAUCGCUUCCGCCGGUGUCCUACACUAAGGCCAUCGACGUGUGGACCGGCGUAUGUCUAACGUUCGUCUUCGGCGCUUUGCUAGAGUUCGCUCUUGUUAACUAUGCGUCCCGUUCAGCGGACAGGGCUGCGGACAUUCAACGGGAGAAUAUGAAGAAGAAACGGCGCGAGAUGGAACAGGUCAGCCUGGACGCGGCGUCCGACCUGCUGGACACCGACAGCAACGCCACCUUCGCGAUGAAACCCUUGGUUCGUCACCCGGGUGAUCCCAUGGCCAUGGAAAAGCUAAGGCAGUGCGAGGUGCACAUGCAACCCCCCAAGAGGCCCAACUGCUGCCGGACCUGGUGGUCCCGGUUCCCCACAAGCCCACUUAAGAAGGUUCCCUGCUUCGGAAGGGGACAAUGUUCCCGCUCGAAGCGCAUCGACGUCAUCUCCCGGAUAACGUUCCCACUGGUGUUUGCCCUGUUCAACCUGGUCUACUGGAGCACCUAUCUCUUCCGCGAAGAGGAGGAAGACUAAGAUGGUGGCGGCACCACCAUCACCAUCAUGACCAUCAAGGGGUCCCUGAAAGGGUACCACCCUCAAGAAGCCGUGCCGAGAAUGCCACUCAACACCGGGCAUUACAUCAUUAAUCUUCUAUAUGGUUAUCGAGAAUUACAUUAUUAUGAAUAAUAUAUAGGAGAAAGAAGAAUAUAGUGAUAGAGCGUGGAUAGAACUGUGAAGAUCCUCUUUUAUGGAGGCACUACUUAGGGAAGGAAUGUAGAGUGAUCAACCGAAGGAGUGAACGUUAGUAUAGGAUACGAACACACAAGUAAACCAGAGAAGUUUUUAAAAAUCCAUAACGAACAGAUCUAAAAACCAGUUAUAGAACCCACACGUGAAAAUACUGCUCAAAGAGAUUACCAAAUCUACAGAUAUACUCCAAUCAAUGCAAGCUAGCAAGCAAGGCACUCCAAACGUUUUAAAACCCAAAUGAACAACAAAUCCUCAUGGCACACACACUUUGUCGAUCGUACACUUCGCUCACCACCAGAAACGUCAGCCGAAUUUUAUCUCACCACACUACUGUCGUACUUGCAUACUCACCACCAGCUGGUAAUCGUUUCAUGACUUUUAUUCGGUUCAUCACGGAUGGGAAACUUCUUAAAGUUUGACAACAGAAACGUCACAUUUGACAGAUUGUCUGUCAAGAUGACGUCAGUGUUGCCAUACUUCAAUGAGGUUAGAUUUUGUGGUGUAACGAAGAACCAUACAAAAGGAAUCACAAAAGAGCCUAACAAUAGCUAUACAAAUACAUAAACACUCAUAAUCUUAACGGGAUGAAUGUCUAUCUGCACACCAAGCGCAUGUGUGCGUGUAUGUCAAAAGUAACUUUACGUAGUAGAUGAUGACGUACGGAUCCUUCCCGCGCAUCGAAAGUCCCUCUCCGUUGCGUUGCAAGAGAGGGCUUUCGGUGUUUUCGAUGUUGUUUAGACUUGAACUGUUUCUCUGGACAAUCCUAACUAUCACAUUAACGCAUAACACACACGAGAAGAAGAGAAAAGGGACGCACAUAUGUAUCUGUGCUCUCUUGCAAACUAUUUUCUCAACCGGGUGAGGGAUGUUGGGACGAGGGCAUAGAGUGAUUCUCGUUUGACCUAAUUUUGCAUUUAUUUUCCACGGGUAAUGUUUGCUGACUAUUCUAUGAUUCUUUUCAUCUUCCUAUCCUUUCGCGAUUCAGAAUUGGAUUAAAAAAAAACAAAAAAAAAACUUAAAUUACGAAGAAAAUAUUUGAGUUGUUAACAAUGCUAAACUCAAGAGUAAAAUGUUAUUUGAGAUGAGAAUGUUCUAUCCUAUCGUCGAAACAACCCUCCUUCCGGUUCCUAGUCUUAAAAACGCCAAAGUUGUCAGUUGUUUUAAGUUGUCUACACUCUAAGAAUACACACAAAAAAACUCUGUCUGAUUAACGUUAAUAACGCGCAGUUGCAGUGUAACACGGAAACGUGUUGUUUUAAUCGGUAUCAGGUAUCAGUCGUUUUCCGCCGCGGCGUGCAUUGUUGAAUGUAGUAACAAUCUGUAUCUUCAUCAUCGGUAUCAUCAUCAUCACCCUCACCAAUCACGUUCAAGGAUAGUUUUGAACUGAGAACUCAUCACAAAACCGCUAGAGAAUGCCAUGUAUAAUUCAUCUGAGCAGAACCUUUUCACCGAGUUGUGCUCUCUGCUAUCGUGAGGAGGAAUGAGUUUUCUAGAAAGAAAAAGACUAGCAUCAAAGCGAACUGAAAAAUAUCUUAAAAGAUUGCAUGGAAAGUCCAAAUGAUCCAUCCUGUCAGAUCUAGCAUACAUUCUUAACUUCCAUUCGUAGAAAAAGAACUAAUUCAUGAAAUUCGAAACAGCCUAGAAAAAAUCAAAAGCGGUUGCAUAAAUAAACUCCUAAUGUUCCAAAUAUGCAAACAUUUUUAGAAAAUUAAAAAUGGAGCUUGGAUCUGCCGGACAUGGUCUAUCAAGAAAGCGGUGAUAUCAUGAACAGGACAGCAGAAAGAUUGAAACUAUGCGUUAAUGACUUCGCAAAGCCAUUUGAAAGCAUAACUUUUCAAUUGUGUAGUCCUACGUCAAUAUAUAUUGUAGUCCUAUGUCAAUUUUGGAAUCCUGCCAGAGAUUCUCCUGAAAUCUUGCCAGGGAUUCUCCUGGAAUACUGUCAAGGAUUCUCCUGGAAUCCUGUCAGGGAUUCUCCUGGAAUCC